CUUCAUCCUCCUCCAGAUUAAUUUCUUAUCCAACCCAGGAAAAGAAAAUGAAUGCUAUAGACUCAGUCUUUGACCCCCUCAGAGAAUUCUCUAAGGAUAGCGUCUGCCUCGUUAAGCGCUGCCACAAGCCCGACUGCAAAGAGUUUGUUGUGAUGGGGCUCGUUGGGUUCUUUGUGAAGCUGAUCUUCAUCCCCAUCAACAACGUCAUCGUUGGAUCCAAUUAAAUUAGGUCAUUUGGGAUUGCGGGCCCACAAAAAGGAUGAUGUAAAGUAGUCAACACAUAAGGAAGAACAAAGAUUCAUGAUUUUGUGGGUUCAACGUUUUUUUCAGAAAAACACCUUAGCAGCAUUGUCAUGUUCUCAGAGUAGAUAGGAGUAAAUUUUUACGUCUUUAAUCCUAGUUCUUAGUUUGUUCUGAUGGAUGUAAGUUCAGAUUUGUUUGGUAUCCUUACAAUGGAAAGAUGAUUCCCUCUCUUA